AUGAGGACGACAACAUUCGUUGCCGCUGCGGUAGGAUUAUUAUCAACAUGUACGGAUGCAAUUCAAUUACAACGACGAACCGAUGGACCAGCAAGAGUGGUUGGGCUAGAUGUGGUACGGAAACAAGUCGACAAUCCUAUAGCAAGGGAUAAGUUAAGGAAAUUAAGGAGGAGGUCGAAGACAGUAACAGCUACUUUAGACAACGAGGAAACUUUAUAUUUCGCCAAUGGAACACUAGGUACACCAGCACAGCAAUUGCGGUUACAUAUCGAUACAGGAAGCAGUGAUUUAUGGGUUAAUAGUGCUAGCUCAACUUUAUGUACUGGGAAUGGAAGUCCAUGUAAGGCUGCUGGAACAUAUACUGCAAACUCAUCAUCAACAUACGCAUUUGUUUCGAGCGAUUUUAAUAUUUCUUACGUCGAUGGAUCUGGAGCCGCUGGAGAUUAUGUUACCGAUACAUUCACACUUGGAGGAACGAGAUUAGACAAGUUACAAUUUGGUAUUGGAUAUACCAGUUCUUCGAGCCAAGGUAUUCUAGGGAUUGGAUAUAAAAUUAAUGAGGUUCAGGUUGGAAGGGCAGGAAAGUCGGCUUACAAUAACUUACCGGCUCAAAUGGUUGCUGAUGGUUUGAUCAACUCGAACGCUUUCUCGCUUUGGCUUAACGAUUUGGAUGCUAGCACGGGAAGCAUCUUAUUCGGCGGUGUCGAUACCGCUCAAUAUCAUGGUCAAUUAGAAACACUUCCAAUCCAAAAGGAAUCUGGAUAUUAUGCCGAAUUCCUCAUUACCUUGACAGAAAUUACGUUCGGAGACACCGUCAUUGCCAAAGACCAAGCUCUCGCAGUCCUUCUCGAUUCCGGAAGUUCCCUCACCUACCUCCCAGACGCCAUGACCGAAGCCAUCUACGAAAUGGUCGACGCACAAUAUGAUUCCAGCGACGGCGCUGCCUAUGUCUCCUGUUCCCUCGCCUCCAACACUAGCGCCCUCAACUUCACCUUCACCUCCCCCACCAUCCAAGUCACCAUGGACGAACUCGUGAUCCCCGUCACCAGCACCGACGGCCGCCAAUUGACUUUCACCGACGGCACCCCCGCCUGUCUCUUUGGCAUUGCUCCCGCUGGAGACAGCACGUCUGUUCUCGGAGAUACUUUCAUCCGAUCUGCAUACAUCGUGUACGAUCUCGCCAACAAUGAAAUAUCCCUCGCCCAAACAAAUUUCAACGCAACAUCCACGAGCGUCGUUGAGAUCACCACGGGCACAACAUCAGUUCCCGGCGCGAUCUUAGUUGCCAACGCAGCAACGGCAAGCUCGGGUUCUUCAGGUGGUGAUAUUAGCGGAACCGUCUCUUUGGCCUCAGGAUCAAAGUCGAAGAAUGCGGCAACGCAAACUCCCCCGCCCAUGGCGUUUGGUAUGGCUGUUCUUGGUGCCGGGAUUUAUUAUGCCAUGUAG